AUGAACAUCAAAGUGGGUGUUUACAGUUCUGGGAGGUCAAUCUCAGACCUUCGACUUCGAGUUUCUAUCCAUUCUUCUGAGAGCUCUCUAAUGGAAAAGUACAAAUUAAUAGCUAAAAUCAAGAAAGGCGUCUUUCAAGGCUUGUGUCUUUUAUCAUCCCAAACUGUUACUCUCAAACAGUUAGGGUUUCCUGAUAACGAAGGUGUCCCUGGCUCCCUUAUCAAGGAGAUAACCCUGCUACAAGCAAUGAGACAUGCCAACAUUAUCAAGCUGAUCGAUGUGGUGAAUCAUCAAGAACAGAGUAGUAUAGUCCUUGUUUACGAAUCUAUGGAGACGAAUCUCACAAGUUUUAUCCGGAUUUAUCCAAAAGUAAUGAAGAUUCCACGAACAAUCAAAGAACUUUUACGCCAGAUUUUACUUGCAGUAUCCUAUUAUCAUUCUUUUGACAUUGUUCAUGGAGGAAUUAAACCCGCGAAUACGUUCAUCGAUCCUGCAACAAACACUUUGAAGAUUACAGACUUUGUAUGGCCUAGGACGCUGUUUAACUCCAAUACUGAAGAUCCAAAUGAGGAAUUGGGUUUCUGUUACAAGGCUCCUGAAAUUCUUGUGGAGCAUAAACAAUUCAGCACUGCAAUCGAUGUUUGGUCUGUUGGAUGCAUUUUUGCAGAAAUGGUGACUCAGAAGCCUCUGUUUUCAGCUACCUCGGAAUUUCAUCAACUUGCAAAAAUUUUCAGUAUCGUGGGGACACCUAGUGAAGAAACAUGGCCCGGAUUUUCCAGGAUUUAUCGGUAUUUACAUAUAUAUAGUCAUUGCAAACCUAAGGAUCUGAGGAAAUUAGUUCCUGGUCUUGAACCAGCUGGAAUUGAUCUUCUUCAUAAACUACUAUACAUGGACCCAAAAGGAAGAAUCACAGCUAGACAAGCAUUGGAGCAUGUAUAUUUCCAGAAUUGAUUUUUUUUUCCCUUUGAUCUUCAUCCAAUAUGAUAUUCAAAGUUUGUGAAAAAAUGAUAUAUGAUAUGAUAUUCAAGGUUUGUAAGUAAAUGAUAUAUGAUAUAUGGCAUGAAUGAAUUUUGGG